UGUAAACAAUAUGGAGGAAGACGUUAAGAAAUGAACCGGCAAAACAGCGAAGACUUUCUUCAUGUGGCGUACCGAAACGUCUACAUAAUUAUGCAUCAAGUAAACAUUUGAUAUAUAUGAAAAUCUUGGACUCAUGGAAACUGACUGACUUUGUGUUUCGUUGCAUUGACAAGGGAAGAGAAAGUAUGUUAUGAAACUAACAGUGCAUGAGAGUUGACAAUAUUUGACAUUACUGUACAGUGGUUGACUGCUGACAAUUCGAAAGGUAAAAAUGGCUCUACGGGCAAAGAGUCGUGCGCAGACAGGCCGGGAGAGACAUGCCUUUACAAUUAAUGUGAGACUGUAUACUGGAGAAAUAUUUCCCCUAAAAAGUAUAAGUGGUGACAUGAAAAUAUCGGACUUGAAGCAAUAUAUGGAAUUUGCUACAGGAAUACCAAUCCAUAUGCAAAGGAUUAGUUAUUUAGAUGAUGGUGACCUACUUGACAGAUCUGACAUACGUUCCAAUGACAUAGUUCCAAAUGCAACAUUGAAUUUAAAUGUCUGGCCGAUGUGGAAAGAACUGAUAGAUGCAGCAUCAUCAAAUGAUGCAGAUUGGGUGUUCAGUUUAGGUGUCACAAAUCCAACGACAUAUAAAACACCGCAGAGUGAUUACAUGACAAAACGAGCCAGAAAGAUCUGGUUAGAGGAGCGGGCCUUUCUGGCACUGUUCAUAGCAGCUCACAGAGGUCAUGACAAACUAGUUCAACAAUUAAUUGAUUGUGGUGCUGAUGUAAAUGCCUGCACUCCUUUAGGGAGAACAGCCCUCCAUGUGGCUGCUGCUCAGGGGCGUGGACAUAUAGUGGACGUUCUUCUUGAAAAAGGUGCAGACAUUGAUGCUGAAGAUGAAGAUGGUGCGACUGCUUUGUCUAUAGCAGCAAAGUUUGGUCAUAAAAGUUGUGAACGCCAUUUGUUCUUAUUUCGGUGGCAAGAGCGUGCAAAGCGCAUUCAGAAAAGUGAUGAUCCUGAUCGAAUGGCUCAUCAGUAUUUUGACUCGGCUUUUCCUGUGUGGCUGAAGGGAGGACAGUGUCAGCUUUAUUACACUAACAUUCUACCACCAGGUGAAUUCGAGGGCACUGGUCUCUGUUCACCUCUAAAACGACCAGUCAGUUCCUCUCCACAUAGGAAUGGUUUCUAUAGGAAUGGUACCGAUGAAGACUUUGAGAUAGAUAUUGAUGGAGAUUACAUUCAAAAGGGGGGGAUGAGGCUGCCUGCAAUACGUGAAGAACGAGCCAAAAAGACCGGAAAGAAAAAGAUCACCUUCCGUGAAUGGCUUGGCAAAAAGACAUCUGUAGAGCAAAAAGUGAUAGAUGCCAGAAAGAAAGAAGAAGACAAGAAGAGAUUAGAGGAAGAAGAUCAAAGCCGUAUUGAAAAAGAUUUGGAGAAGCGCAUGGAAGCAGAGAAGAGUCAGUCAUAUGAGACAUGGCUGGCACAGCGAGAGAAGGAGAAGAAUACAUCUGAUAACCUACCUCCCCGACCGAACAAAGAACCUGCUCCUCCCGUAAAAGUAGACAAGGGACCCGGCUACCUACGAUCGUACCUGAGGUCCCUUGGUAAGACGAAGACGGGUGACACUUAUGAGGACUGGCUUAAUCUCAAAGAGAAGGAUAUAGGAAUGGGGAAAAGUACCGGCAGACCCAACUCGAAAAUGCCGGUGUCAUCAUAUUAGAAUUUCAAUAAUAAUUCGAAUUUCUUCUUUAAUCGACCACUGUCAAAUGUCCCCAAUAAAGCUGACGAGCACUUCUACCCAGGCAGUUUGUUUGAUAAAGGAAGUGACAAGCAUUUUGGUCUGUACGAGCGAUAGGAAUAUUUCAAAAACUUUUCUAGUCAUUAAAAGAGACGUUGGUCAUACUUGUUUUGUUUGUUUAAUAUUGGCCAUUUUUGAACAAACAAAUGUGGAAAUAAAUACCCCGCAUGAAGACUCGCGAGUUUUAUCCAACUGACAAUGCACGAACGCCUAGGCUUAGUCUAACACAAGCAUCGGGAUAAGCUGUUAGGAAUUUAUCGGAUUUUUUUUUUAUAUGUAGAUGAUAUUAGAAAGGAGUUCCGACUGUGAAAUAUUGAACAAAAUUGUGAAAAUAUCAUGUAUCAAGGUUGGUGUUCCCUAGUCUUCGGUUUGGAAGAUUACAUACACUGUAUAGUCCUUUUGGUAGAUCUAGUAUCAGGAACCGCUCUGUGAAAAUAUCUCUGAAUCUGUCACUAUCAAUAGGUUGGAAUGAUGAAGACAUGCUUUUCACCUUCAAUUAUGGAAAUAAUGAAAAAUUGUCUGUUUAAGUUAAACUCUUUUCUUGUCUGAUGACUUGCUAUGUGUAUCUUUUUUUUAUAUCUCACCUGUUAUUCUUCUGUGAUAUUAUAUACAUGUCCACACACCUGAAUUGGUAGUGUAUUUUAUAGUAUCACUAAUUGGACGAUACGGACAUUCUAUGACGAUUUGAAAUAUCUUGAUUUAUCCUUUGUAUGUUUAAUUAUAUCACUUCGAUGAACUAGUCAUAUUGUUUUCUUAUUUCUAUCUCCCAUAUUUAUUCUACAUUUGAUGUUCUUUGUCUUUAGGUGUAAGCCCCUGUUUUCUAAGAUUUUAUUUUUUUAAAGAACUGCCAUCAGUGACACGGUCAUUCCUGUAAUAUAUAUAUAAUGUGUGUGAAUGUAAUUUAAUGUGAAUAAUAUGUCGUGUAGUAUCACAUUACCUUCAUUAUGUCAACUGUUGAUCUGUAUUUUUGAUGCCAAUUAAUGUGGCAAGUAGUAGGUUUUUAGUAUAGAAACAUGAAUAUUAAACAUAUAAAUAUGUUAGGUUCCCAAUUCGACAGAUAAAACUAUUCAUAAUAAAGGAGUAAUGCAUGACAAACGAAGUAAGAAGUAUAUAUUUUUAUAUGAAUAUUGUAGCUUCAUAAAUUUAUUUUCAAUUUCACAUGAAGGAAAGAGAAAUUGCUAUGGAAUAUAUUCCCGUAAUAAUAAUAUGCAAGUCUAUCUCCACGGUAAUGUGAGGACUGAUUGCUCAUGUUAUAAUACGUAAUGGCCCUGUAAUUAUUUGUAUGGAAACUAAUCAAUUUCCCCGUUUUCAAUAUACAUGUAUAUGUGUGUAGAACAAAGACUAUAGAUUUCCUGUUUGUCCUUAGAUGGCGAUGUCUUUUUGUGUCCUCUGUGUCCUUUCUGUGUAGGUCUAAAUUCGUGCGUUCUUGUUGAUGUAAUCUUAUAAGAUAUUGUCUGUACAUACAUAGCUGCAUUGUGUUUGAUAAGUAUAUAGAUCUGAUUAUGUAAAGCUGAUAUGUACAUGUUUAUAUAGCAACAUCAGUCUGAUUGACCUGAUUGGAUGGAGAAUGUUCAUUGCUAUAUAUAUAUGUAUACCGAGACAUAUGUUAGUACAGUAAACAUAUCGGCAAUAUGUUUGACGUCUCAUUACGUAAAGUUGACCACUUUAUGUCACAGUAUUGUUAUCAAAAAUAGAUUGUUAAAUUAUCUUACUUUUAUAACCAUAUGCUUAUUUAUUAAAUGCAUCAAAUUAG